AAAACUAGACGUAAAGAAGGCGUGAAAUCUGAGAGAUUAAUUAAUAAAUAAAGGCUUUGAUUGGUAUUGGAAGUUAGGAAAAUUCACAAAGAUAGAAAUUCAUGGGAUGGAGAAGAGACAAAGAACGAAGGAGAGAAGGAACUUGUGUAAAUUAACGCAUUAAACUGCCAUUGAAGGGGUCGUAAGGUCGGCGAUGUCUCUCUCUCCAUUGACAAGUUUUAGAGCUUGGUCUGGCAUUGGAUUCUUUUGAAUUGCUCUCCUAAGAGAGUUCAGAGUUGUAUAGGAAAAGGAGGGGAAGAAGAAAAAACUCUCAGGAGUUCAUCUGAUCUUUUCCAAGGGAUCCAGCUCGAGAGUGCUGGUGAGGACAUUUAGAUUUGAAAAGCAUCGAUUUACAGUCGUGGUGUUCUGUUUAGAGCUAUUUUGGUGAUUUGGGAUGUGGAAAAAUAGUGGCACUCCUGCUGAUUCUUUCUACCAAAUCCGCCCCGAGUGUGCCGACGAUGUCCCGAAAACUCGAUUUAAGAUCAAGGCAGGUAGAACUCUAAGUUCAAGGAAAUGGCAUUCUGCAUUUGAUGCUGAAGGGCAUCUGGAUAUAGGCAAGACUCUGAGUCGAAUCUACCAAGGGGGAAUCCAUCCAUCAAUCAGGGGAGAAGUCUGGGAAUUUUUACUUGGCUGCUAUGAUCCAAAAAGUACAUUUGAUGAAAGAGAGCAGAUAAGACAGCGACGAAGGAUACAAUAUGCUAAGUGCAAGGAAGAUUGCCGCAAGUUGUUUCCACUUGUUGGAAGUGGUAAAUUUAUUACAGCACCUGUGAUCACAGAAGAUGGCCAGCCAAUUCAAGAUCCGUUGGUGUUGUUAGAAACAAAUCCAGACAAGGGAGUGAUUGUCCCUGUUCAAAAUGGCAUAAAUGAUUCAAGUACUGGCAGUGCAAAUAAGUUAGAGAAGGUGAUGGACAAGAGAGUAAUCCAGUGGAUGUUAACUCUUCAUCAAACAGGUCUUGAUGUGGUUCGCACUGAUAGAACUCUGGUUUUUUAUGAGAAGCAAGAGAACUUGUCAAAAUUGUGGGAUAUUCUUGCUGUUUAUGCAUGGAUAGACAUGGAUGUGGGUUAUUGUCAAGGAAUGAGUGACCUUUGCUCCCCCAUGGUAAUUCUUCUCAAUGAUGAAGCUGAUGCAUUUUGGUGCUUUGAGCGUCUGAUGCGCAGAUUGCGAGGAAAUUUCAGAUGCACCAAUAACUCCGUUGGGGUGGAGGCUCAACUAAGUAAUUUGGCGUCAGUUACUCAAGUCAUUGAUCCAAAACUUCAUCAACAUAUAGAGGCUCUUGGUGGAGGUGACUAUCUAUUUGCUUUUCGGAUGCUUAUGGUUUUGUUUCGUCGUGAAUUCUCCUUUUGUGACUCUUUGUACCUUUGGGAGAUGAUGUGGGCUCUGGAAUAUGAUCCUGACUUGUUCUUGAUUUAUGAAGAGCCUGAAUCAGUUUCUAAAAAAUCUGAGAGAUCUACUGAAGGGAGAACAAAGUCAUUACGUCAAUGUGGGAAGUUUGAGAGAGAAAAUAUGAAAAACUCUGCAAAGACUGCUGAUGCUCCUCUUCCCAUAUCUGUUUUCCUUGUUGCCAGUGUGUUGAAAGAUAAGAGCUCAAAACUAAUGCAGGAAGCACGUGGCCUGGAUGAUGUUGUCAAGAUAUUGAAUGACAUGACCGGAAAAUUAGAUGCCAAAAAAGCUUGCACUGGGGCAAUGAAACUUCACAGAAAAUACUUGAAAAAGGCUAACGCCAAUAAGUCAUAGCAUGGUAUGCAACCCAUCAAUUUUUUGUUGGUGAUUAAGCCAUUCGUUUUUUCCGGUCCGGCACCCUAUUUUUCCACGAGGGACAAUAAUAGUUCUGCUCAUCAAAUUUCGGUUCCAGUUUUCUGAAUUGAAGUAUGGCUUCAGCCAUAUUUUCUUCGCCGCGACAGCUGUUGUACGUGAAAUUCAUUGUAUUGUUUUUUUUUUUUUUGGUAUACUCAGAAGAACAUAAAAAAGCUGUAUACGAGAUUUUUUCUGCAGACUUUUUUUCACUGUAUUUACUUUGUAACAUAUUUGACAUGGCAAAAGGGAAAAAAUGAUAGAUGAAAUAACCAUUCCUGUUAUCGAAGAUUCGAAGUAA